GUUGUCUAUGGCAACUGGUGGAGCGUGUUUUCUUUUCGAGUUUUGGUGAUUUAUUCGUGAUAUUAAAUGGAUUACAAGCAAAUUACUAAGUUAAGAGUAUAAAGACAACAGUAUUAAACUAAUUAGUGUCUAAGUGGGCUACAUAUAGUGCAAAAAUGUCGGACGACGAAGUAAUGCGUUUCGAGAUUACCGAUUAUGAUUUAGACAAUGAAUUUAAUCCGAAUAGAAACAGGAGGGCCAAAAAGGAACAUCAGAUAUACGGUGUAUGGGCCAAAGACAGUGAUGAAGAUGACAAUGAAGACAAUAUUCGGCAAAGAUCUCGCAAGCCUAAAGACUUCUCAGCACCUAUUGGCUUUGUGGCUGGAGGAGUACAACAGGCUGGAAAGAAAAAGGAAGAAAGUAAAGAAAUAGAAUCAUCAGAGGCUGGCACGUCCCGUCCCAAGUUUGCAGACAGCUCUGAUGAGGAAGAACAGAAUGCCCCGGAUGCCAGUGAGACGGCUGGCAUCCGGAGGCAGGGGCAGGGCAUGAGGCCGGUCAACCUUGGUGGCAAUGUCGGCACUUGGGAGAAACACACCAAGGGUAUUGGUGCUAAACUGUUGUUGAAGAUGGGUUACCAACCAGGCAUGGGUUUGGGUAAGGAUCUGCAGGGUAUCUCAGCACCGGUGGAGGCUACGGUCAGAAGAGGCAGGGGAGCUAUUGGUGCUUAUGGACCUGAGAAAGCAGCACAAAAAGCCAAAAAAGAAGAAGAGCUGCGCAAACUGAAAGAGAAAGAAGAAGAGAAAGGCACCAAAGAGAAGACUUACAACUGGAAGAAGUCUCACAAGGGGCGCUACUUCUACCGCGACGCCGCCGACGUCAUACAAGAGGGUAAACCCACGAUGCAUACUAUUACCAGCAACGAACUGUCCCGGGUACCGGUGAUCGACAUGACGGGCAAGGAGAAGCGCGUGCUGAGCGGCUACCACGCGCUGCGGGCGGCGGCGCCGCGCUUCGAGCACGAGCCGCGGCGCAAGUGUCAGUACUUCGCCGCGCCGCAGCUCGCGCAUAACUUGCAGCUCAUGGUGGAGUGCUGUGAGCAGGACAUAAUCCAAAACGCCCGUGAACUCCAAACAGCAGAAGACGAGAUAGUAGUCAUAGAGCGAGACUUGGAAGACUGCAACAUUAAGCUGCAGGAACAAGAUAAAGUUAUCAAUAAGGUUGAGGACAUAUUGCAGCGAGUUGAGAUGUUGAACAAGCCUGAUGUGUCGUUGGAAACUGCACAUGAUGUCCUUGCUGAGCUGAAGGAGUCCUACCCCCUAGAAUACGAGAUGUUCGGUCUAGGCACAAUUGCUGGCAACAUCGUCAGUCCCUUACUCAGUUCAAUGAUAGCAGCCUGGGACCCGCUGCAGGUGCCUGAUGAACCUAUACCCACGUUCCUGAAGUGGAGGAAACUGCUCACUGAGGAGGCGUAUAAUAGUUUGUUGUGGCAACAUUAUAUACCGCAGUUGACGGCUGCUGCUGAAUCAUGGAACCCCCGCUCCCCGACCAAGAUGCUCCAGGCAGUGACUCUGUGGCAGCCGGCCUGCCCGAGCUGGGUGUCGGGCGCCGGCGUGGCCCGCGCCGUGCUGCCGCGCCUGCUGGCCGCCGUCCGCGCCUGGGACCCCACCCACGACACCCUGCCGCUGCACACCUGGGUGCUGCCCUGGCAUGACAUCGCAGGUGAAGCACUAGCCAGCUCAGUAUACCCCCUCAUCCGGUCUCGCCUAGCCGCGGCGCUGUCGGCGUGGCACCCCGCGGACUCGUCAGCGCGCGGGGUGCUGGGCGCGUGGGCCGCCGCGUGGGGCCCGGCGCUGGGGGCCCUGCUGCACCAGCACAUCGUGCCCAAGCUGGACCACUGUUUACAACAUGCGCCGCUUGAGCUCGUCGGCAGGGAGAACACGGCAUGGCUGUGGUGCGUGGAGUGGCUGGAGCUGCUGGGCGCGGGCACGGUGGCGGCGCUGGCGGCGCGGGCGCUGCUGCCGCGCUGGCUGGCGGCGCUGGCGGCCUGGCUCAACACCAACCCGCCGCACGCCACCGUGCUCAACUCUUAUACUGACUUUAAGAAAAUGUUUCCCGAGGAAGUGCUAAAAGAACCAGCGGUGCGUGAUGCCUUCAGAAAAGCAUUGGACAUGAUGAACCGAAGCGCUGACUUAGAGUCCGUUGAACCGCCUCCUCCACCUCGCUUCACUAUGCCCGAGCCUAAAGAAACUUCUAGAAUCGCUGACGUCAUCGCCUCAGCUACCCAAGCGAAAUCCUUCUCAGAAUUACUCGAAACGAGGUGCAUCGAAAAAGGCAUUACUUUUGUACCUAUUGCCGGCAAAACCAGGGAAGGAAGACCGCUGUAUAAGAUAGGGGAAUUGCAGUGUUAUGUUAUAAGAAAUGUGAUCAUGUAUUCCAAUGAUAGUGGCAGAACUUUCAGCCCUAUUAGCAUGGAUAAACUACUGAGUAUGGUUGAAGAUUGAGUAUUUAAGAAAUUAAAAUAUUAAGAUUUAUUU